AUGCAGGCAAAGCCGGCCAUGGUGGGGGCCCACCCUCAUCAGGGGCCCAAUGGCCUUGGCCCAGGCCAUCAUGGACUUGACAGCCACACUGAUGUGGAUGCGACAAUGAAUGCAUUCUCCCAGUGGCUCAGCGAAAUGAAGGCUCGAUCAAACAGCAGCCUGCAAGCAAUGAUGGCCGAGAUGAGUGUGAUACGAGAUGGUAUCACCUCGAACAGCGCAGAUCUCACUGAGUACAAGAGGCAUUCGAUAUCUGUACAGCAGCAAAUGCAGUCACAACUCACUGACCUUCGUGAGAAGCUUACGAGCGCGUUCACAGAGAUAACGUCGCUCGUGAAGCAGAAGGCUGCCACGGAUCAGGAGCUGCUAAGUGAGAUCCACGCACUGGGCCGGCAGCUUUCCAUGAAGACUGCAGAGCUAGAGGCCUUGAAGAAGUCCUACAGUGCGACGCACCAGCAGCUCCAACACAGCCUGGUGCAGCUGCAGGGGCAGCUGCAGUCCACGAGCAGCGAGAUCGUGACGUCCAAGCGCCAGGUUCAGGCAGUGCAGGAUAGCGUCCAGCACAAGAUGAACGAGGUGGAGCAGCUGAUGGUGAAACUGCGGGACCAGGUCGACUCAGGUGGCCGCGAGGGCAAUGCCACAGCCCUCGCAGUGCAGGAAGACAUCGCCAAGCUUCACGAGGCCCUCACUGGCCUCUCUGGCGAUUUCUUCGAGCACAAGCGGCUAACACAGCAGGUGCAGAGCAAGCUCCUUAACCAAGUUGCCGCCUUGGAGGAUGGGAGACAACGCUCCGCCUCCCUGCUGCCACAGGACGGCGAAUACGCCGCCUGUGCGAGUGCCUCUCGAACAUGA